AUUACCAUUGAACUUGAGAGUUCCCGGCAAUAUUUUUUUGGACAAUGAGGUUCCAGUCUACACUUAUUUGUUCUCCUAUACCAGUCCUCGAUCUCUGUCCAUCUUCAUUGCUACCACAAACAGUACCUGACAAGGCUGCACAGUUGAUUUGUACUGGUGCAAGCCAUGCUGAUGAACUAGGGUUUCUCUUCAAGUCUAACAUGUCUCACAUACCUUUCACUCCACCAACUGCUGAGGAUGAAGCACUCAUGACGAAUCUGCUGCAGGCAUGGACGACAUUUGCAAAAACUGGUAACCCCAACAGUGAAGAAACCUGAAAUAAUUUGGCAAGAGGACAGUGUGCAAAAUCCCUGUUACAUGGACAUUGGGC